AUGUAGCAAUCUGUAAGAGUUAGUACCACACCACGAGAUUGCGAUUUCUUUGACGUUUCUCUUCCUCCGAAUAACAAGGGGGAUCUGUUUACUGCCCUCGGGUCUUAAUACAUAGAAGUAAGUAAAGUGGACUUGAUCACGAGCAAUAAAACCAACUAGCGUUACCGACUUCUGAAUAGUCGUAUGUUACAGUGAGGACAGAAAUAUAGCAGGAGGAGCUUGUUGGAGGAAACGGCUGUCAUUUUCAGUUUGGAGUUGGUUUUCAGUGGAAGCGAUCGAAGCGGAAUUAAGAUAAAGGUGAUCCGAGUCAAUGGAGUCAAAGUUACCUGGUAGUGCACCCCCUGCCUACGCUGAUUCAAUGCAGCCACCAGGCUACCCGGCGAGUGCUCCUUAUCCUGCAGGGCCUCCAAUGGGAGAUCCUAUGGCAUCUUCAUAUCCUGUCCAGCCUGCUCAACCUCCCAUAGUGCAGACUGUGUACGUGCAGCCAUCUCAGAACUUCAGUUCACAGCCAAUACAGAUGACCUGUCCAUCCUGUCAGCAGGUGGUGUUGACACGUAUUCGCCAUGUACCAGGGGCGCUGACAUGGAUUAGCUGUGGCGGUCUCUUCAUAGUUGGGUGUGUGUUUGGCUGCUGCCUGAUCCCAUUUUGUGUUGAUGCCCUUCAGGAUGUGGAACACAGCUGUCCAAAUUGUGGCGUGCACCUUGGGAGCUACAAACGCCUGUAAAAUAUUUGCCUCAAUAUUUGGCUGUUCUCCUAUAAAAAUUAAGUUUUGCUGCUGCAUCUAGACGAGUCUUUUUUUGUACUUACAUAAUGAGAUGGUUUGUGUUACUUGAAGGUGGAGGCUCACAACUAUUAGCAUUUGACUUUUUCUUUUCCCUCAAUAGCCUGCUGCCUGUCUCUAUAAUAUAUUAAUAGAAGAUAUGUGCUCCUGCAGAUUUUAUUAAUAGACAUUUAUGUAUGGAAAGAUAAUUUGCAGUUCAUUCUUAAUAAUUUUAUCUUUCUUUGAAUUAUUUAUGCUGGGUUUUUUUGUUAGGGAGAGAAUGAGUUUUUGAUUAAAAUUGCUUCUGAAAAUGUCCCACCAAGAACUUGGAUUACUCCUUUACAUAAUAUCUUUAACUGGUAAUUUUGAUGGUAAAGUAAGCUUUUUUUUCAUUCCAAAUAACAAUUUGCUAAGCAAAGGUCUUUUUUAACAAUAAAUAUUCUAUCCUUUAAAUGCAGCCUGUCCUGUGAUCCACUGCAUAGCUUUGGGUAUGAUUGUUUCCUUUAUCUUUUGUUUGCUCACUUGAAUAAAGGAACUGUUUUGCAGGACAAGUUCACACUUGGUGCUGCCAUCCAGAAGAUUGAAAACACUUGCACUGUUUCAAAAUGCAUUCUUUUUUAAAUAUCAAAACCUGCUUAAUAAACCUUCAUUUGCACUGGUAUGAGAUAAAAGUGCAACUUCAGUGGAAGGUGUACCAUUAAGAUCUACUGUUUAAAAUUUGAGGAGGAAUUGCACUCCAACAAGUUUGCAUUUCUAUAUUGACUGGCUGCUAAAGUGUAUAUAAUUGUAAUAAAGUUGAAUACAAAUGGAGGCAAAAUAAUAAAAUCCUCAAUUAUUAUUCAAUUAAACUUCAGUCUAGUUGCCAACUAGACUGAAGUUUACUUUGCACAUGAUAGACUUGUAUUACAGGAACAAGGGGUGACAAAUCAAGGCUCUUUCAGGAAAAUAUAGAAGCUGUACACAAACAGCCCAAGUCUGAUUUUUGUCUGCUUUAAACAGCUCAAAGUCAUAACUUCCUUUUAAAUCUCAUUUAACUGGGGUAAGAGGGUGUAUUACCUAUGCAAAUGGAUUCUGGACAAUUUGAUCUACUUUAUUUUAAUGAUUAAGCUUGUAUUGCUAUUUAAAUAUCGCUAAGAAUUUAAUGGAAUUAAGUUUUAGUAGAUUGGCACGAGGCUCUUCUAAAUGUGAAAAGGUCUCUUCAGUGCUCUUUUAUGAUUGACAAUGUCUGUCGUAUGACUUUAAGUGCUACCAAAGCUUUUUGUAACCAUCUUCUAAUGGGUAAUAAAAAUAUAUUUUGUAUGAAUUUGUGACUUGCAUACAUUAUUUCUAACUUGCAGCAUUUCAAAGAACUUCCAAUGAACAGGAUCUUUUAAUGUGUGUAUUUUAUAGAAUGUUUUAUGGAAGAAAUGUGCUGUUAUAGGAAUGGUUCAUUCUGCUCAUAUUUAUUAUUUUUGUAAUUUGGGAUUGCUUUGCUAAAGAAAUGCAAACUGGCCCUAUAAUAGAAGUUCAAAUCUUUUUUUGUCUCCCUCUUACAGCUAACUACCAUUUAGGAGAGACAUUUGUGAAUACUGUUACAUAACAGUCAAAGUUUGCAGAUGUUCGAACAUACUGAAAGGGCAUCACUUGAUGCUGGGUUGUCUGCUGCAGUGAAUUCUAACAUGGACUUGUACUGGAAAAUAAGAAGUGUAGCACCCAGCUUGGUGGUGACUUUGCCUGCAAUCUAUUAAAAUGUGGAAUCCAGUUCAAGUUACAGAUAUCAUUGUUCAAUAUAGAGCUUGUGUUUUGCUUAACCAUGGCAUCUAUCAUGUUGGAACGUUUUCAGCAAUAGAUGCCAUGCUAGUUAAUGUUUUGGCAGGUUGCCAUCUUUACUUGCUUCCAAGUGGCCUGGAAACGCAUCAUGUGAAAUGUGAUAGGAACUGAACAGAACCAAAUAGAUAUGGCCUCCCACUUCACAACUGACAAUUCCUUUACAACUUCCUUUUUAAAUUCCUUCAUAAUUUUAGGGGUCUGUCAGAUUGGCCAACCUUUUUGGAGAGAAGUCAGCCCCAGCCAUGCAAUCUUUCCUUGUCAGUAUCCUCUCAGUCCUGGGAUAGUUCUAGUGAAUCUUGGGUGUGCCACCUUGUACUGUGAAAGCAAUGGCUGUAUGUGACAGUGACAAUACUGACCCCUCUGGACGGAGGAUAGCAUUGCUCAUUGGGUCGGAAACGACACCACUGUCAAUCAAGGUUUGGCUCCACCCCACCCAUUAGGUACACACCUAGGCAUUGGUCUUUGCGAGCACCUUUGUUCCUGGGCACACCUAACCAUUGGCCCGUUUAAACACCUUAGUCCUUGCUGGACCACCCAGCCCUCCAGCAGUAUAAAAGUGCUGCAUGUUUGGUUCUCACCCUCUCUCUCUCCGAGGAUGUUGAAGAAAGCUGUGCACUACUUUAGGGUAGUUAGUUAAAGAUCCCAGGGAGUGUUAGAGCCAAUGUUUGUCCAGAUUCAAGGUGUUCAGGCAUUGUAUUGUUUAUUCCUUGAUCAUUUGUAACCAGUUUAUUGGGCGCAAGUGUGCAUCCGUUCCCAUUCAUUCUGUUCCUGCGUUUGUCUUUGUGAAUAAACCACUUUUAAACUCCAAA